AUGACUUCUCUAUUUAAUUUAUUAGUUAUUCACGAUCCUGAUGAUCCGUAUAAACCGGAAUAUGAUGAGGAAAUUAUUGUCAUGUUGAAUGAUUAUUAUCACACCAAUGCACAAGUUUUAUUAAAACAAUUCUUAACUCCUGAAAGUAAAGGAGAAGAGGCCCCACCGGGUUCUAAAUGUGUGGACAAUGCCGGUCUUGCUAAAUUUGAAUUUGUUCAAAAUAAAAAAUAUCGUCUUCGUAUCAUUAAUACUAGCGGAUUUUCUUCAUUCCUCUUUUCUAUUGAUAAACAUGAAAUGGAAGUUAUAGAAGCAGACGGUCUCUAUACUAAACGAAAUAAAAUCCAUCGUCUUCCCAUCAAUGUCGCUCAAAGAUAUUCUGUUAUUGUUACUGCAAACCAACCUGCCGAUAAUUAUAUAAUGCGUGCUGAAUUUCAAAAGAAAUGCAUGCCAGAUGCUGCAGCUAGUCUUCCUAUUAUGAAAGCUAUAGUGCAUUAUGAAGGAGCCCCCGAUAAUCUUGAACCAAAAGAUAAUCCAUGGUCAGAUUCCUUGGCAGAAUGCGUUGAUCUAGAUCACAAGACUUUACAACCACUUCAAGAAGAAAAGAUUCCCGAAUCAACGAAAAAAUUGGAACUCAACAUGGGUUUUCAUAAGAAUGGAACAGGAGUUGUUACAGCUUUCCUUAAUGGAUCUUCUUAUGUACCCGAUUUAAAUUUUCCGAGUUUAGAUAAACUCUUUAAAGGGAAACCAAUUGACGAACGUAGUGCAAAUGCCUAUGUUUUUAAUAAAGACGGAGAA